CCCAUGCAAGUCCGCGACUAACAACAUGGCUACCUCGGCUGUGACAGCGAAUGGCGGCGUUCACUACAAAAUGAUAAAACGAACAUUAUUUUAUCGAAAUGCGUCGUUUGCAGCCAGGAGACUAAAUGUGUUUGCUUCGACUGCCGACCACCAACUGCAGGCCAGGACAAAAGGUGUUCCUCUGCAGCUGGAAGGAGUGGUGGGCCUGGAGAUCCACGCCCAGAUUCACUCCAACACCAAGUUGUUCUCCAGCUCGGGGGUCCAUUUCAUGUCUCCUCCAAACUCCUUGGUGUCAUUCUUGGACGCCUCCUUACCCGGCACGUUACCUGUAUUGAACAGACGAUGCGUUGAGGCAGCAGUGAUGACGGGGCUGGCCCUCAACUGCAGCAUAAACCGGAAGUCCCUUUUUGACAGGAAACACUACUUUUAUGCUGAUCUCCCCGCAGGAUACCAGAUCACGCAGCAGCGGCGGCCCAUCGCGGUGGACGGCAUGCUGACCUACAGCCUCAUGGGCGGUAAAAAAAAGAACCAGGUGCUGAGGAAAAAUGUCCGCGUCAAACAGAUUCAGCUGGAGCAGGACAGCGGCAAGAGUCUCCACGACGACGUCCGCGGACAGACGCUUAUAGACCUCAACAGAGCUGGUGUGGGACUGAUGGAGCUGGUGAUGGAGCCUGACAUGAAGUGUGGCGAGGAGGCAGCGGCGGCCGUCAGGGAGCUUCAACUCAUCCUGCAAGCCCUCGGCACCUGUCAGGCCAACAUGUCUGAGGGCCAGCUGAGAGUGGACGCCAACGUGUCGGUUCACAGACCAGGCGAGCCUCUCGGUGUCAGGACUGAAGUGAAGAACAUCAACAGCGUUCGAUUCCUGUCCAAAGCCAUUGACUACGAGAUCCAUAGACAGAUCGACGUCCUGCGGAGGGGAGAGAGCGUGCAGAACGAGACCCGCGCCUACGACUCCAAAUCCGGGACUACUCUGCCCAUGAGGGACAAGGAGGGUCUUCAGGACUACAGGUUCAUGCCAGAGCCCAACCUGCCCCCUCUGAUGGUGUACGAGGAUGAGGCCUCGGUGCCCACCGGCGCCGAACAGGCGGUGGUCAUACAGAAUUUAAGGGCGGGGCUUCCGGAGCUGCCCAGCAUGAAGCGAGACAGGCUGGUCCAAACUCACGGCAUCCUGCCCGAGCACAGCUUCACCCUACUGAACGAGGAAGGCCUGGUGGAGUACUUUGAGUCCGUGCUGAAGGCCACCAGGAGGGAGCCCAGGCAGGUGAUUGGCUGGGUGACCAACGAGCUGCUGGCCCUCCUUAAACAACGAGAACUGAAUGUGAGCCAAAGCCCCAUUUCCCCGUCCGCCUUGGCCGAGCUGCUGGAGCUCCAGGAAAGGGGAAGCAUCUCGUCCUCUGUGGCCAAGCAGGUGUUCCAGGAGAUGUGGAGGUCGUCGGGCCAAAAAACGCCGGCACAGAUAAUCCGGGAACAGGACCUGGGCCUCGUUAGCGACGUCGCGCAGCUGCACGACAUCUGCCAGAAGGUUCUGGACACACAUCCCGACAAGGUCCGUGCCAUCAAAUCGGGGAACCAGAAAGUUUUGAACAACCUCAUGGGACUGAUUCAGAAGGAGACCAAAGGCCGAGCGGACCCGGUUGUAAUGCGGGAGAUUCUGCAGGAGAAAAUUUUGUCUUUCAAGGACACCUCGACAGACUAGCAUCGUCACGUUUGAAUCUGUCUAGAUCAACUACAGUAAGUAGGGAUGGCUACCGAAUUUGGUACCUUUUUUUUGCCACCGUCCCACUCACUCCAGCAGCACUGAGAGCGGACUUAGCCCAAUGACCUCUACUGGAGGUAGGGAUGGGCGAUAUAUGGAAUAUACUGGAUAUAUCGUGGGUUUGUCUGUGUGCGAUAUAGAAAAUGACAAAAUGCUGAUAUUGGAAAAUACGUUCUCACGCAGUUGCUUUUAGCUGCGGGCAUUACACUACAGGCUCUUCUCACUCUUUCUUGUCCCUCCUUCUCACAAAGACAUAAAAAGCGCACCUUCUUACAUACGUCACAUACGUAUACGCCCUCACGGAGCAGAGAGGUGUGGCAUGGGUAACGUUAGCUGUGGUGCGAGUGGUAAUACGAGAAAGAGAAGAUGCGAAUCUGGUAACAAAUGAAGGACAAAUUAAUUCCCAAGAAAAACAGCACAGGGUCCAUCUCCUGGUGUUGGUUUGGCUUCAAGCGGGAAGAUGUCGAACAGACAACCGUAAUUUGUCAAGUGUGGGGCAAAAGCUUUGUAUAGCUCGGUUGGUAGAGUGGCCGUGCCAGCAACUUGAAGGUUGCAGGUUCGAUUCCCGCUUCCGCCUUCCUAGUCAAUGCCGUUGUGUCCUUGGGCAAGACACUUUACCCACCUGCUCCCAGUGCCACCCACACUUGUUUAAAUGUAACUUAGAUAUUGGGUUUCAAUAUGUAAAGCGCUUUGAGUCACUAGAGAAAAGCGCUAUAUAAGUAUAAUUCACUUCACUUCACAAAAAGUUGCAUUGCUGCUCAUUUGUAGCAUCAUUUGAAAAGUCACCCACUAGAGAAUGAAGAGUGCUUGAAACACUGCAUGUCAACAUCCCCGCACCAACAAAAUGCCAAAGCAACCAUUUCCAGAUCAACACCGUAGUCAACAGAAGUAGAUAAUGUCCACAGGAACCUUCCACAUAAAGGAUGUACACUAUUUGAUUUCCUAUUAUGCAGCUCAUUUUUAUUUGACAGUUAUUGAAAUAUCUUGUGUGACAUCAUGCACAAAAGUGCACUAUCAGCUCGUUUUAAAAUGUCUCUGACAAUCUUGCACUUUUUGUUUUGAAAUGAAAUGAAUGUUUGUGCCACUGUUUCAUAAAUACACGUUUAGUUGUGAUUUCCCUCUCUGCAUGAAAGUUUAAAAGUUGCAUAUAUUAAUGCAGUAAGAAGAAGAAUGUUUGAAUGUAGACACAUAGAAUCACCAUACUGCUGUGAUUAUAUGCAUCAAGUGUUCAUUCAAGGCUAAGGCGAAAUAUCGACAUAUAUAUGGUGUAUCGCGAUAUGGCCGAAAAAUAUCGAGAUAUUAAAUAAAAGGUCAUAUCGCCCAGCCCUAACUGGAAGGAUGUUACAACCUCCAAUGCCAUCAUAGAAAUUGACCCAAAAAAAAAAGCCUCAUCCCCAAGUAAAGUAAGGCUUAAUUUUUCCAAAAAUGUGCUAGCUUGGUGCUAAUAAACUUGGGCUUUGCUAUUGGCAUGUUACAUCCGUCCUUCUCAAAUAGUGUGGCGGGGGGGGGGCGUGUUGCGAUGGGAACAUCCUUUUUUCCCGGACCAAAAUAUAAUGAAGCGUAUGUAGAACUUUGCUUCACUGUAAGCUAGGUGGGAGGGUGUUGUUUCCUUGUAAUAUUAAUAAACUUAAAUUGUUAUUCAGAGCUAUAAUUAUAACAAUUGUAUAGACAAAUUAUACUAUUUACAGUCAGGGUGGCGAGAUAUUUUACUUCUUCCUGGGGGAUCAGCAUUAGAGAUUUUACAUGGCGAUUCCAACCUACAGAUUGGGUAUUAAAAACUACAACUAAGAUGCAUGUUAGACUCAGACUGCUUUUGAUUGAGAAGUUUGAGAUCUUAAAGUCCUACUGAAAGCCACUACUAGCGACCACGCAGUCGGAUAGUUUAUAUAUCAAUGAUGAAAUAUUAACAUUGCAACACAUGCCAAUACGGCAGCUUUAGUUGACUAAACUGCAAUUUUAAAUUUCACGCCGUAAUAUCCUGCUGAAAACGUCUCGGUAUGAAGACGUGUGCACGUGACGUCACGGAUUGUAGAGGACAUUUUGUUCCAGCAUCGUUCCCAGCUAUUAAGUCGUCUGUUUCCAUCGCAAAAUUCCACAGUAUUCUGGACAUCUGUGUUGCUGAAUCUUUUGCAAUUUGUUCAAUGAAUAAUGGAUACAUCAAAGAAGAAAGCUGUAGGUGAGAAGCGGUGUAUUGUGGCCGGCUUUAGCAACACAAACACAGCCGGUGUUUCAUUGUUUACAUUCCAGAAAGUUGACAUUCAAGCUUUACUAUGGAACAGAGAUGUCAAGCGAACACUGUUUUAUUGGACCACACACACAAAGUACAGUGUAUUAUGUGUAUUAAUAAAAAACAUUUUACUAUUCUGUA